AUGAUUCCUCUUUCGCUGUGGCUCGCGAAAACCCACAGUGGAAACAGCAGCUUCUUUAACUACACCAAAAAGCAUAUCAAAUUGCUGUUCCGUGUUAUUGGAGGUGCCCCAACUGCUGUGAAAUCCUUCAGAACUGUACUGCCCGCUUCUUCUAAGAAUGUUUACUACCGGGACGACAUUGGCAACAUUUCCACCAGUAAUCUUAGAGAGACAGAGGACGCAAACGAGCUGGAGAUCAGGCCACGUUUCCCUCUGUUUGGAGGAUGGCAGACAAAAUACUAUAUCGGUUACAGUGUCCCUAGCUACGAGAUGUUGUCUCACAGCGGGCAGAACUAUAAGUUAGAGUUUCCUUUUGUGGAUCACAGUUACGAUAACCUCGUUAUUGAUGAGGCUGAAGUCAGUGUUAUUCUACCAGAGGGUGCUAGUGAAUUUGAGAUAGUGUACCCCAACUAUGAAAUAGUCCGUGAAGCUGACGGUAAAGUUAAGACAUAUCUAGAUACCUUUGGCAGACCAGUCCUUACUUUUAAAGCUAAAAACUUGGAGGAGAAUCACAUAAAGAAUAUUGAGAUCUACUACAAGUUCAAUCCAAUAAUGUUGCUGCAAGAGCCUCUGCUCGUGGUCAUUGCCUUCAUGGUUAUAUUCGCUAGUGUUAUCAUUAUCGUUCGACUGGACUUCUCUAUAUCUGUGGACGAGAACAAAGAGGCUCGACAGAGGGUUGCUUAUCUAGUAGAGGAAUUAUUCGCCACCACCGGAAAAGUAAAGAGCAGCGUUUCGGAUGAAACCUGUGAACUGUUGGCCGCCGUGAAAGCCAAGAAAGACGGCAAACACUUUAAGAACGUCAAGAAGGAGAUUGAUGCAGUGUACAAAACUUUGACCGACGAGGCCACGGCUGUUUGCAGAGAUAAAGCUCCUCAAAUAACCAUCAUUAUCUUCCAGAAGAAGAUUGUCACUCUAUCUCCUUCCCUGUCGGACAGAGUCGCUGAUUUUACUCGUCGUGAGGGAGACAGAAAAGCCCUGCUUGCUAGUAUUUCCGGUCUUGCCGAAAAGGUAUUGGGAGAUAAGAUUAGUAAGACGACUUGCACCGAGCAAGAAAAUAACCUCCUGGCUAAGCUGUACGCCGCUCAAACCGCUAUUGAGGACUCUCUCGCCGCUUUAUAA